UUUCUAAUGAGUUCUUAAUCCUUUCCUCGAUGAUCCUUAGACUUUAGUUACUGAGUGAUCCAUCAUGCAUAGAUUCCUUGUAAAGCUCUCUUCUUCGACUCAAUUCAGAAGCUCCAAGGAUCACCAUCUGAUUCUCCCUCUGUUGCCUUCGUCAAAACCUUUUACCUCCUUCUCCUCUGCGUCAACUCCAAGUCCAGCGAAUCGAUCUGGGUAUCCUUAUUCCGUCGAGUUGUUUCGAAAACUGUCACCUUUAAGCUCAAAUUCGAGGACUUUAGGAUUGAAUGGGAGGAUUAGUAGAUGUAUCAGCAGUGAAGCGGGGAGAGAGUCAAUAGAGUACGAUGUUCUGAUUGUCGGAGCUGGACCGGCCGGUUUAUCUGCUGCUAUACGAUUGAAACAACUGUCUCAGGAGAAGAACAUUGAUCUCUCUGUAUGCGUCGUUGAGAAAGGAGCAGAAGUAGGAGGACACAUCAUAUCUGGGAAUGUUUUUGAACCUGUGGCACUUGACGAACUUCUCCCACAUUGGAGACAAGAGCAGACACCCAUUGAGAUCCCUGCUUCUUCUGAUAAGUUCUGGUUUUUGACGAAAGAUCGUGCAAUUUCACUUCCUUCUCCGUUUGAUAAUAAGGGAAACUACGUUAUCAGUUUGAGUCAACUGGUGCGUUGGCUAGGAGGAAAAGCUGAGGAGCUUGGAACUGAGAUAUAUCCUGGUUUUUCUGCUAGUGAGGUGUUAUAUGAUGCAAGUGAUAAAGUUGUUGGGAUUGCAACCAAAGAUAUGGGUAUAUCCAAAGAUGGUUCCAAGAAGGAGAAUUUCCAGUCAGGUGUUGACAUAAAAGGGCGAGUUACACUAUUUGCAGAGGGAUGCAGAGGAUCAUUGUCCGAGAGAAUCAUUAAAAAGUAUAAAUUAAGAGAGGAGGUUAAUGCUCAACAUCAGACAUAUGCUUUGGGAAUUAAGGAGGUUUGGGAGAUAGAUGAAAGCAAGCAUAACCCCGGGGAAGUUGUUCACACAUUGGGUUGGCCCUUAGAUCCCAAGACAUAUGGAGGUUCUUUCUUGUACCACAUGGACGAUAGACAGGUUGCGAUUGGGUUGGUUGUUGCCUUGAACUACCACAACCCUUUUCUGAAUCCGUAUGAGGAAUUUCAGAAACUCAAACACCAUCCUGCCAUUAAACGCAUCUUGGAAGGUGGUACUGUGCUUCAAUAUGGAGCUCGUACUUUGAAUGAAGGUGGUUUUCAGUCCAUUCCCUAUCCAGUUUUUCCUGGAGGAGCAAUAAUUGGAUGUUCAGCUGGUUUUCUCAAUGUGCCCAAGAUUAAGGGAACACAUACAGCAAUGAAAUCAGGAAUGUUGGCAGCAGAGGCUGCAUUUGGUGUACUUCAUGAAGGUAUAAACAUGAACACAUACUGGGACAACCUGCGGGAUUCUUGGGUGUGGAAGGAGCUCUACGCAGCUCGAAACUACCGUCCUGCAUUCAAGUAUGGGCUACUCCCUGGCUUGGCCUUAAGUGCUAUGGAACACUAUGUACUGAAAGGAAAGGUCCCUUUCACGCUCAAGCACGGGAAAGCUGACCAUGAAGCAACAAAUCUUGCUCGAAAAUGUACACCAAUUGAGUAUGCAAAGCCAGAUGGUGUUUUGUCAUUUGAUGUGCCAACUUCGUUAUAUAGGAGUAAUACCAAUCAUGAUCAUGAUCAACUAUCUCAUUUGCGCUUGAGGGAUUCCAAGAUUCCAGAAAAGGUAAACCUUCCAGAGUAUGCUGCACCAGAGUCACGUUACUGCCCAGCCCGUGUUUACGAAUAUGUUGAGGAUGAGGAGGGAAAGCCGAAACUACAGAUCAACGCUCAAAACUGUUUGCACUGCAAGGCAUGUGAUAUCAAAGAUCCUAAGCAGAACAUAGAGUGGACAGUGCCGGAAGGUGGUGGAGGUCCUGCUUAUUCCCUCAUGUAGUCUCCCAAGAUUCAUAAACCCUCACUUUACCAUAUCCGAUAAAUAAGUGGCCUGACCAAAAUCCAAUUUGUUCAACUUCUUAAAUAGAAAAUGUGCUGUAGUGCUUCGUUUGUUUGUAUCUUUCACUUGACAUUACAUAACAGGUAAUUCGAGA